AUGAUAUGGACUGAGGCGAGGGGGGAGAGGGAGAAACAAGAGGUCAUAGAUUCACUUUCAUGGCUUCUGCUCACAGGCUUGCCGGGCGGGUUGGAGGAGGCAGGAGAACUUGUUCACUUUCUGGUACCAAAAAACUGUGAUUUAUUGCCAGUCGGCCAAGUCAGGCCCGACCGGGACGUCUUCACGACAGCCAUGCCGAUUGCCAGUUGUGUCGACACGACGGGUUUUUGUGCAACUUCCGCCAGCUUCUCACGACGCGCCUCUCGAGGCAGCACUUCAGGCGGCCCCACGUCGACCGGCCCGGCUCCGUGGGCCCACUGCGCUUUGCACAAAGAGCCGCCUUGCCAGACUCACCAAUUCACAUUUAUUUAUUUGCCCGACCAUGACAGCCGAUGCCUCGAGAGGCCUUACACGCUUGGAGGCAGUAAAUAA